GUAAAUGCAUCACAACACUUCAUCUUUCUGGUGGUAAAGCAUGUUCUUUGUGCGAUAAUGAAAGCGGGUUGCCUUGGCAGACAGCUGGAGGCUUCAGACCGCUGCAAACUCGCUCGCUGUGUGGGAGGGAGGGAGAAUGACAGCGGCUCUGUGCCUCUUCACCUUGUGCAGGAGGAUAUUUACACCAGAGAACCCAAACAACACCGCACCAAUGAUGAAAAUGCUUUAUAUGUAAAGAAGGCUUGUGGUUACCCGGAGUAACAUGCGAAUAAGGGAGGAAAGACGCAUUUAAUUGUUCGGGAUCACAUUUCUGACACUGUUGAAGAAGGCCUUUUCAGAUAUUCCAGGCCAAAAGAGGGACUAUGGGCUCAAAAGGAGUAGAGAGACGUAAACAGGCCACCCCUGGCCAGACUCCCGAGGGCAAUGUGGUGAUGAGCUUCAGUUUCGAGAGCUAUCAGCUGGAGGAAGAGGACUGUCAGGUGAAAGACAUCUCAGAUAAAGGAGUGCUGGCCCUUUCAGAACCUGCGUUUGAAGAACCUAUUCCAGAUGACCGUUACCAUGGGAUCUAUUUUGCCAUGCUCCUGGCUGGAGUGGGCUUCCUGCUGCCUUACAAUAGCUUCAUUACAGAUGUUGACUACCUGCAUCAUAAAUUUGAAGGAACAUCCAUUGUGUUUGACAUGGGUUUAACAUAUAUACUUGUGGCCCUAGUGGCUGUGAUCCUAAACAAUGUCCUGGUGGAGAUGCUGAGCCUGCACACCAGGAUCACUGUGGGUUACUUCUUUGCACUUGGACCUCUGCUUUUUGUCACCAUUUUUGAUGUGUGGCUGGAGAGGUUCACCACGAAGCAGUCGUACGUCAUCAAUCUGAUGUCUAUGGGUACUGUGGCCUUUGGAUGCACAGUACAGCAGUCCAGUUUCUAUGGAUACAUGGGGAUGCUUCCCAAGCGCUACACACAGGGUGUGAUGACCGGAGAGAGCACGGCAGGAGUGAUCAUUUCACUCAGUCGUAUCUUCACCAAACUAUUGAUCAAAAACGAGAGGAAGAACACCAUCAUCUUCUUCAUCAUUUCCAUCUGUAUGGUGCUACUGUGUUUUGUCCUGCACGUCCUGGUGCGAAGGACACGCUUUGUCCAGUACUACACGAGUCUGGCACGACAGGGCCUGUCCCACGCCAAAGACCACUCACAAAACGGGACCCAGUACCAGGUCCACCAUGAUGUCCUUACGGAAGAAGGUAACGGCGCAGUGGGCUCUUCCCCAGCUGAAGACGGCUGCACAGAUUUUGCUGGAGGAAACACUUACGUAAGGUUUGAUGUGCCCAAACCAAAGAUUAAACAGAGCUGGCCAGGCAUCAAAGGCAUGAUCCUGCAUCGAUAUGUGGUUGCCCGUGUGAUCUGGACCUACAUGCUGUCUAUUGCCGUCACUUACUUCAUCACGCUGUGUCUUUUUCCUGGACUGGAGUCGGAGAUCAGGAAUGUCACACUGGGGGAAUGGCUGCCCAUCCUGAUCAUGGCCAUCUUCAACAUAUCCGACUUUGUGGGCAAAAUCGUGGCAGCCGUGCCGUAUGAAUGGAACGGGACUCGUCUUCUCUUCUGCUCGUGUGUGCGAGUAGUUUUCAUCCCUCUGUUCAUCAUGUGUGUGUAUCCGGCUCAGAAGCCCACCUUCAGCCACCCGGCAUGGCCUUGCAUCUUCUCUCUCCUCAUGGGCGUCACUAAUGGCUAUUUUGGCAGUGUUCCCAUGAUUCAUGCUGCAGGCAAGGUGGCACCUGAGCAGAGGGAACUAGCAGGGAACAUAAUGACUGUGUCCUACAUGUCUGGACUGAUGUUGGGCUCUGUGGUCGCCUAUGCUGCCUACAGUUUUACUGCUUCAGGCUCCAGCCUCCACUCAGAGACUGGCUAUAACUUUACACAGGGGUACUAGUACCCUAGUCCAAGCCAAAAAACCACGUCUGUUCCUGUCAUCAAUCUCGUCAGGUGGCACCUUUGCCACUCUGUGUAGCAA